ACUGGAAUGAGGAAGGCUUUUGUCGACCAUGCCCUUCACAUCUCUUCUUUUGCUGUGCAGUAGUCUUCCGCUUCCACAGUCGAUUGCUGCUGCUGCCUGGGUUUGUACUAGGCGGGAGUUUCUGCAGCUCACAACCAGCAGCACUGAAAGUCGUCCUAAACCUCCAAAGUAAGGAUUUUCUAGCUCGCAGUACCAUCUCUCUCCUUCUCCACCAGUCCCGUCUAUCACUUGCUCGUCGUCCAGCUUGUCAAGCCAGUCGUCUCUUCAUUCGAUUUGAUGACCUUUUCUCGCUCCAUCUUGGCUCCCGCUCUCUCUUGAUUGAGAGCUUGCUGUCUCCUCUGGUAGUCGGGUGUCGUUCUCCAUGUACCUGUCGAUCCAGAGCACCCUGACCCCAGUCCGUCCACCCCUGUCGGUGUGUUUCCUAUCACGCCGUACCUCAAUUGGCUCUCUGCGCAUGUGAACCGCAGCUCCCCGCUUCCAGACAACGUGCUUUUAUUGAUGGAGUAGGUUAACAGCCUGUUCAUGGAUUGGUGAGGCCAAACCAUUGGGAGAUGUGUGAUUGCGUCCGGCUAGAGGUUGACAAGGUUCCGUGGAAAUUGUCAUCACGGGAGCGGGCGGACGCCCACAUGCGAGGCGUUUGUGUAUUCAGUGAAUGAUUGCAGAUUUCGGUGGAGUACGUGUGUGCGUUGCGUUGCGUUGCGGCAAGGGCAGGGCUUCUGUCUGUGCUGUGUGGAACCGCACGGCUAGUACUCAAUCGUCUGUCAAGCUGGAAUCUUAAUUUCUCAGGGUUGCAUGGUAAAUGUUGAGAAGCCUCACAUGAGUGUAGCUGUCUUAGGUCACGGCGAUUGGGCCAUGAUUCCUAGUAGUUCCAGCCAUGAGCCACAGCAACAGACGCAGCAACACCAGCAGGAAAAGAAGGCGAGCCAAUUGUUUGCGCAGAGGGCGCUGCAGGAGCGGCGACUGAAGCCUCCGGAUCAAGUCAUCGCGUGUCCCAGAUGUCAAUCACUGAAUACCAAGUUUUGUUACUACAACAACUACAGCCUUACGCAGCCUCGGCAUUUUUGUAAAAGUUGUCGACGUUACUGGACUGCCGGUGGAACUCUUAGAAAUGUUCCAGUAGGAGGCGGUUGCCGCAAGAACAAACGCACCAAGCCGCGCACUCCGGAGGGUUCUAACAGUGGAACAGGUAGCGCUGACGUCGAUAGUAUGUCCAGUUCCGGUCUGCAGCAUCCAGGAUUCACUCCAACCAGUAUUGGAUUUUUGAGCUCUAGUGAAGGCUCUCCCUACGGAUUAGCAGAUCCAUCUAUCCGCGCAGAUUCUUCAAUGAGCCAGAGUUCCAAAAUAGGACUCCCGAUGCCUUACCAACCAGGUGGUCAGUCGUCAGCUUUGGCACAACAUCAGCAAUUACACCCAUUCGAGGGCGGCAUUCCAGGCUUGGGUUUCUUUAGAAACCCGGGUCGGGUGGCGGAGACUGCAUUGAACCUGCAUCCAACAUUUCAGAUGCCCACCGGGGACUUGAGCGAGAUGUUCGACACGUCCAGUGUGUCGAGGACUGGCGCACUUGCAGCUCUUAGUGAAGGUCUGGGAACCUUCAAUGUUAACGCGGAAGGUGGUAGGGACCAACAAGGCUUUGUUAGUCUCGAACGGUGGCAACAGGCUGCCAAGCAGCACUCAUCAAGUGGCAUGUGGGGAUCGCACGAGAUUGCUCAGGCGCAAUCCAACAUAGGUAUGGGUAGGCAGCAGGAUGUCAAGGGUAAGAUGACUCUUGGACUGGUACCAAUUACUGGGAUGGACACAUCAAAGGGGCAGCAGCAGCAGAGGCCGACUCCAUCAUGGCAGCAUUCUAACCCACCAGAGAAUUCUGGACUUCAUUUCGAGCAGCAACCGGAACAAAAUUACUGGAAUAAUUCCGGGGGGUGGCCAUCGAUGGACUCGCAAGCAUAUCAAUCUUCUGGCGGUGGACAAGCGUUAUGAGAUUCACAUGUAAAAUCUUCCUAUCUUUAGUCAGACUUUCGCUUACUCUUUUUCCUGAACAGAGUACCUUUUGUGUGUACUGGAAUCGAACCAGUGGUACUCGCUCAGUGCCAAGCACACCAGUCAUCCAUGUAAAUCUAGUUAGGACUCCGAAUUUCUGGAUACCUUAGUUGCGAGAGCUUGCAGGAUGCGCUCUCCGGCGAGUUCCCUGUGCGCGGGUUUCUCCCUGGAUCCUGUGCUGUACUUUUUCAGGCGAUUUUCUCUGAGGCUUCGCAGGAGGCCCCUGAGUUUUUAAUCUGCCUUUCGAUCUCGAAAAUUGCUCUUGGGACAGCGCCCUUUUUUACAUUUUCUUCUUUCUUUAAUUGAAGCAUAGCACGCAAGAAUAGGCAUAAUUAUCCUUGUUCAGGGUAUUAUAUUAUGCUUGUUUAUUGGCAGUUAACAUUUCAUCAUACGUAAUGAAUAGUCCCUGGCAGCUUCUGUUCUCCAUGUUGACGCAUUCUACCUUAGCAGCCGUUUACCCGACAUUGUACCAGUAUUGAAUUUGAAGGGACGAGUUUGAGUUUA